GACAACACUAUACUCACUGUACUGUCUCCGAGCAGUCGGCCAGCAACUGUGAGCUACCGCGCACGUUCAGUGAAAAAGUGCAUUUACAAAAAGAAAGGGAAAAACGAAGUGUGUUUUGUUAUUUUUUCUGGAUUGGAUUAAAAAUUUCUGAACACUAAAAGAAGAGGUACUCACGAUUGCAGUGGUAAUGGUCGCGGAUUGUGCAAAUCCUACGAAAAUAACUGGGCUGACAGAAAGGUCGACCCGAGGGCUCAGUACAGGCGGCAGGAGCUCAUUCCCAGGGCUAGGCUAAGGCAGAGAUCGCCGGAUUACAGAAGCGUUCCACCGCCUGAUAAACUGGUGAGACAUUCAGUGAGUUGUUGCGGAAAGCGCAUUAACAAACCGGAUAUCGAAAGGACGAGAUCGGACACUGGACACUACGCCCGACCUGUGUACUACGAGGAGAAAAGAAAAUCAGAUGAUAUAGAAAGACGAUACGUCAAAUACGAGAGAUCAAGCCCAGAAUCACAAGAAUACGGGUUCUGUACUUUGAAAAGGUCUGAACGCAAAUCAGUGCAGAAGCUAAGCGAGGAGAGCGACAUGGACUAUUAUACAACCAGUUCAGAGGCUGCUAGUGAAGUCACAAUUCAAUUCAACGGGAAGAAGGAUCAUCACGAGAAAAGACGGAAAGAUGACAGUCACGAUAGCAACGAAAGUGGUUUCGACGAGCGGAGAGAUUCAUCCUCCUCCCAGGAGCAGCUGGAAAAAGUCGAUCCUAACGCGAUAUACAAUCAAGUCAUCAAAAAGGCUGAAAAAACAAGCAACCAAUCAGAACAUAAGGACGGUAAAAACGAAUCAACACAUGUUGAAAGCAAAUAUGACGAGGGUGAGGCGAAGAUACCUGUCCCGCCUGUUAUGCCACCCUUACCGGUUCAAAUGGAAAAUGUAAAUGACAAAAAUGACAAUUCGAUAACAGCUGAGGCGUUUAACACAAAACUAGUGGAUCUUGAUAUGAAAAAUGAAAUAAAAAAAUAUAUUGAUUCUAAAGAGAACAACGCGAGACAUUACGACUCAGCACAAAACAUUGCCAACACCGAAACACAAUUUUACGAGGAGGAAUUUUCUUAUGAGCCCGAGCUAAAGCGUACGUCAUCUAAACUCGUUUUGCGUACUAGAAGUCUGCUGAAUUUGGAUGAAGAAACUAACGCAAAUAACAAGACGUUCGUGGUACGUCCGACUGCGGUGAGGACCAAAAUAACGACCGGGCCGGACGGAACGUUCGUUAUAGACGGUAGAAAAGCGACCUCGGAGCUCAAUUUAUCGGAUGAAAGCGCAAGCAGUUCGAAGUCCGGAUCGCCCAAAACUUGCAGGCCAUCGGGUGAGGACUUGAAAAGGAGGAAAGAGGAGAUAUUUAAACCUAAAUGCGAAUCCAAGUCGUCCAACGACAUAAACAAAUAUAACGAAGAAAUAAACAAGGAUAACCCGCAGACAACAAAACAAAUGGCUAUAAACAAUUUAAAAAUGUAUUUGAAAGAGAAUAAAAUCGGCUUAAAAGAACUCCUCACAAAUAAAAACGUUGUUAUCAUCGAGCCUUACAGAGAGGAUAAGCCUGCAGACAUUUCAGAAUACAAUCACAAAAACGCUGAUUUUGAUAAAGGAUGCAGGAUAACUGGAGCGACGGUAAAGAGUGGCUCGGUGGGAGAUAUUUCGGAAAGUGCAUCGAAUACUCUUCCAAGAGCGGCCAAACCUCAUCAGCCAAACGUACAGCGACAUUAUUUCUAUCAUUUGAUUAAGACAAAAGGAGAUUUGAAAGACGAAGAACUCCCAGAUCCGGAUAAGGUGAGAAAUACCCGUCAAAUGUUCCAAAAAGAGGUAAAAUUGACAGGACCCGAAGACGCCGAAAUAAUGUUGCCGAUUGCUGCAAAAAUCGUCAACCCUUCGAAAGAAAGCAAACCUAGGCUGACGCCAGAAGUCAGAAUCAUUGACGACGGAAAAAGGAGGCCGCCGUUCGAUAAAAAAUUACAAAAUAAAAAGUGGACGGACACCGGUUCUCUAUCUUCCGGGGUGAGCAGUGAUAUGAGCUGUUUUGAGAACGAGCUUGACAACAAUUUGGACGAAAUCAGCCACAAAGGCUACAGCAGUGAUGACGAACUCGAACCAGAAGCUUUUAGAGAGACAACAGAAAUUCAUCCCGUUUCCCAAGAAUUUAUGAAGAAAAUCCGUGCCUGUGGCACCACUGUGACCUAUUACGGUGGUCGUGUGAUUAGCCAUAGCGAUGGUCCUGUGCGCAGCCCCAUGACGAUGACCAUCAUGGACGAGAUUAGGCAAGGCAAUGAAAGUUCGAGACGGCUGAGAGACCAGUAUCUCGGCGUGAAAUUUAGGCUUGUCAAAAGUAACAGCUGCGGCAGCCGGCUUGAACUGGCCGGCACUGAAGACCAACACCAUCACGAACCCAGCAAGAACAGGUACUACGAAGAAGUGUUCGGAAAAAGCAUAUGCGAAGAACUGGCCGAAUGCCGCGGACGGAUGGAACCGAUUGAAGAUGUUGAAGACGUCCAGGCUAAUAUCAAAGUCUCUCAGGUACAGUCGAUUUUCGAAAACAAAGAGUUCAAAGAUAAGAAGAAACCCAUCCAAUCAUGGCGAGUCCUAAUUGAAUCGAGAAAACAAAAUAAAGCAAUGGAACUCCGCAGAAAUUGUCCUGAUAUGGUGUUCGAGGAGUUUCAAGUUGCUGGCAAUUAGAUGAGCAGACCAGAUUAUUUUAUAGUUAAAUAGAACAGUUAAUUUGUAAAUAAUCUAAUAUCAAUUAUCUUUAUUAAUCAUCAUCAACAAUAGGUACAUGGAAUACAAUAUGUAUAUUAUUUACAGGAAUACAAUAUGUAUAUUAUUUACAAAUUAUAUAAACAUCUGUAAAGAAAAUUAUUUAAUAUCGCACUAAUUUAAAUUAACCGAACUGUGUGUAUUGCCUAGCCAUAUUUAAAUAAUAUUGUUAAACGUAACAAUGUAAAUUGAUAUAAAAAAAGGUUAACAUA